GCCAAAGGCCCCAGCCCCAGCUUUAACUGACACGGUGGACUCCAACUCCGCUCGACUCAUCUCGCCCGCAACCCCCCACUCCCUCUCUCCCUCCGCGAGUUCGAUUCCAGCCGGCGGCGGCGAGAUGAAGGUCACGGUGAUGACCGCCGACGAGCAGAUUCUCACUCUCGACGUCGACCCCGACGAAUCAGUGGAGAAUCUCAAGGCGCUCCUCGAGGUGGAGACUCGUGUGCCGCUGCGGCAGCAGCAGCUUCACUUCAAUGGGAAGGAGAUGCAAAACUCGGAGAAGCUUAGCUCUGUCGGGGUCCAGGAUGGUGAUCUUGUCAUGAUGCUUCCCUCCAAUGAUAGGGCAUCCCAGGAUGUUGUAAAGGUAAAUCCUGAUGGAUCAGCUGCAAAUCCUCAAGCUUUUCAACAACAUGUUCGAGGUGAUUCACAACUUAUGGCACAGCUCCUUCAGAAUGAUCCGCAACUAGCACAAGCUAUUCUUGGAGAUGACAUCAAUGAGCUACAGAAUAUCCUGCGGUCCCGCCACCAACAGAGAAUGGAACUGAAACGUAAACAGGAAGAAGAACUUGCUUUAUUGUAUGCUGAUCCUUUUGAUGUCGAAGCUCAGAAGAAAAUUGAAGCUGCAAUUCGGCAGAAAGGUAUCGAUGAAAACUGGGAGGCUGCCUUAGAGCACAAUCCUGAAGCAUUUGCUCGAGUGGUAAUGCUGUAUGUGGAUAUGGAGGUCAAUGGGGUACCUUUGAAGGCCUUUGUUGACAGUGGAGCACAGUCGACUAUCAUAUCAAAAAGUUGUGCUGAACGUUGCGGUUUGUUGAGGCUUCUUGAUCAGCGGUACCGAGGGGUUGCUGUUGGAGUCGGUCAAUCGGAGAUACUGGGAAGAAUACAUGUAGCUCCAAUAAAGAUUGGGCAACAAUUCUAUCCUUGUUCUUUCACUGUCUUGGAUGCCCCCAAUAUGGAAUUCCUAUUUGGGCUUGAUAUGCUGCGAAAACAUCAGUGCAUGAUUGACCUAAAGGACAAUGUUCUUAGAGUGGGAGGUGGUGAGGUUUCAGUGCCCUUCUUACAAGAGAAAGACAUCCCUGCACAUAUACGAGAUGAAGAGAAAUUAUCUAAGCUAGCAUCCUCUCUCGGCCAAGCAACCGGAGAAUCAUCAAAGGCACGCGAGGGGACUCCUGAUUUGCCACAACGGACCCCUCCUGCAGGAGCCCCAGUUGCAAAUCCUCCACAGGGAGGAGAUUUCGAAGCGAAAGUCACAAAGCUCGCGGAACUUGGAUUCGACCGAGCAUCUGUUGUACAAGCGCUCAAGCUGUUUAACGGGAACGAGGAGCAGGCUGCUGCGUUCUUGUUUGGUGGUUAGAACCCCGAGAGCAGCCUUUUCUUUCUGUUUGCCCAACCCUUUCCCAGGGUUGAAUAUUUGACAGAUACAAAAGUGAUUCAAGAGAUGGCUUCCCUUCGGAAAACUAGGCCAUUGCUCGUCCACUGCAAAGGCUUGCAUUUAUAGACGCUCCAUAUUUUCUCUUGUUUGUGAGAACAAACGUUCUUUCUUUCUGUACCUGAUACAUAGACUGAUAGACACCUGAAUGCAGACAAAUUUGUGAAGAUCUCUCUUGUUAUUUUA